UUUUGGGUUCUAUUUUCAGGCAACUAUCAGGAAAGAUGCAGAGUAUAAUUACUGUGUGUAUGAAUCAGAUAUUGCAACUGGCUUAGGUGUGGGUUCAUUCUUAUUCCUUUUGGCUAGUCAGCUAAUCAUAAUGUUGGCAAGCCGAUGUUUAUGUUGUGGGAGGGCGCUGCGACCAGGAAAGUCAAGAGCAUGGGCUAUUCUUUUAUUUAUCACCUGCUGGGUCACCUUCUUUAUUGCCGAAGUGUGCUUACUGGCGGGUUCCGUUAGAAAUGCCUACCAUACAAAGUAUAGGACUUACUUGACACAACAUCCCCCGUCCUGUGAGGUUUUGAGAAAGGGAGUCUUUGGUGCUGGCGCUGCUUUUAUUGUUUUCACUGGCAUUGUCUCUGAGCUUUUCUACGUCAGCUACUCCAAGGCAGAUGAAGGAUCCAUUCCUCCUAGAAUGGAUGGUGGCAUAAGGAUGAACGCGUUCAAGUGAACCAAUUGAGGAAAAGGAAACUUUGGUUUUACACUCACAAAACUUUGCAUUGACCUUGAAUGCGUGGAAUUAUGAAGACGUUAUAUUGGUUAUGUGGUAUACUUAACCCUGAUCGGUUGGUGAUUUGAUUUACUGAGUUAGAGAUUCUAAUUAUGUGUCGUGACUUAUGUGCAUCCUUCAUCAUAAACCAAAAUUGUUGAGUAGGGAUAUAGAUUUAGAUAGGUAUUGCUUGCUACUCGUUAUUUCUUAUGUACAAUGUUGUAGAACAGGGUUUUGCUUGGAGGAAAACUGCGAUGUCCCCCUUAGAAACUAGGAUUGAUUCUAUUAUUCCUGCUGCCAUUUUCCAUUCUGUGCUAGCAUAUUCAUUAUAAUCUAGGUUUUCUCGGACUUGUCUGAUUCUGCUGUUUCUGGUUCAUAUUCUCCGCUGGAACAAUUAGAACAGAAUGGAAUUUCUUCGACUUCACUCA